AUGUCGCUUUUCUGUUGGAUCUUAAGAUUGUCUACUUUUAUUUGUUUUUGCAGUCAUCUACAAAUGCAGUACGGUUUCAUGGUGUUGAUUUUGUCCUCAUUUCUGUUAUUCCUUAUUGUCGCAAGGGAAAAUGAAACAGAAGCUCAUAGCCUGUCCUUUGUAAUUCAUUAUGUUUAGUUAAUACUUAAUAAUAGUUAUACGUGAAUGUAAACUGA